AUGUCGAUAUACUCUACUCCGUUGAAAAGCAACUGGAACGGAAAUCCAAACUUUUCCAAUCCACAACCGAACGUGGUAAAUGGCAUCGGCAAUUCUUCCUCACUGUUCACUCAACAUCCUACUUCAGAUGCUAAUUUGAACACAUUUGGUACUAAUAUGACCAAUAUGUUAUCUGGACUUAAUGGUAAUACGGUGAAUCCUCUGAACUUCGAUGCUUCUAACGAGCAUAUCAGAAUUAGUGGUUUGGGUGCUGCCAAUCCACUUCAGCUUGCUUCGCAAUAUAUUGAUCAUCUGCUACGUCGGGACAGCAGCACACCAGUUUUGGAUGAAAGGUCAUAUUACAAUAACGGUGUCAACUACAACUUUUCAAAGGAAGUUGGUGGUCUAGGUCCAUUCACACCAUUUGAAAGACUUAAUGUUAUUAAUAUCCCUGAUGAAAUAUUGCAACAAUUGUCCAAGGCCGAAAUAAAAUCUAAUAUGGGGCUUUUUCCUGAUAUAGAGCGCUGUUGGAUCACUAUUGAUAAUAAACUAAUUUUAUGGCAUUACAACAACCCGUCAGACUUUCAGUCAAUUGACGAUAUAAAGCACACCAUCCUACAUGUUGCAUUAGUCAAGCCAAAGCCAAACACCUUUGUGGAAUCCAUUAACCAUUUAAUGCUAAUUACUACGCCGUUUGAUAUUUAUCUACUUGCUGUAUCAUAUGACAAAAUCAGUGGUUCAUUUAACAUAUUCAACACUGGGAUGUCCGUUUCUGUGCAUGGAUUAGAUGUUCACGAAAUAGUCUACUACGAAAAAACGGGUCAAAUUUUCUUCUCCGGAAGCAACAAUGGAACUAACAUAUGGGAACUACAAUACUCUUCUUCAGAAGAUUGGUUUAACAAUAAAUGCAGUAAAGUGUGUCUAACACAAUCUGCAUUGUUGAGCUUAUUGCCAACUAAUAUAUUCGCAAAGAUCCCUGGUUCUGCAUUGGUUCAAUCAUUUUUUGAAGAGGAUUCGAAAUAUGCUCAAGAACAUAUAACACAUUUGACCAUCGAUCAAUCUCGUGGUAUUUUGUACUCUUUAACAUCCAAAUCUGUUAUCAGAGCUUAUAAGAUUAAUUCGAAGUCUUUGGAUGGUCCUACUACUAUUGAACCAUCGUAUAUCAAACGUAUAAUGGGAACAACACCAGCAAGAGGGGCUGCCAUAUUGGGUAAUAAGUACUUGAAAGUCGUGAAGAUUGAAGUUGUAUCAGUGCAGGAAAACAAUAACUUGUUCUUGGUAGCCAUCACUAUUGGUGGUGUCAGAUUGUAUUUCAACGGUUCUGUGGGUCCAAACAGUGUGGAGGCACUAAGAUUGGAAUCCAUGAAAUUCCCCCCCAGUUCUGUCAGUCCAGAGACUAUAGAAUUGGAGUUACAACAACAGCAACAACAGCAGGCAAGGAAACUAACACCCUUCUACUCCUCCCUCAACAGCAUGGAAUCUGUCCAACUAAAGUAUCAAAAGAAGUCAUCUGUCCUUCUUGAAAGCUCUAAGGCAUCGUCCAUCAUCUCUCCGGGCAUUUUCUUUUCUUCGGUAAUUAAGCAUCCGAGCGAACAAUUAUCAAACACUAUAGAAACGACUACGCCUACUGGUAAAAAAACACCUGCUCAACAUAAGCUAUUCGUUAGUGUUCCAGAUUAUGGUAUUUUAAAAAACCACGGCCGUUAUGUCGAAAAUUCUGUAUUUUUGGAUACCACUGCCCCAGUUAAACAAAUUGUUCCAAUUACUCCACUCUUUAAUGCUACCAAUAAACCGGAAGGGUAUGCUAAUGCUUUCGCAACUCAAUAUAGUGUGGAACCACUCAAGGUGGCAGUUCUCACAAAUACUUCUGUUGAAAUUUACAAAUACCGUAAUCCCGAUCAAGUUCUAGAAUCUUUGAUAAACAAUCCUUUACCGUUCAUUGUCAACUAUGGUUUAGUGGAAACAUGUUCAUCUGCACUCUUCGUUACUUGUAAAUUUAAUAAAUCUGAAGCUUUGAGAUCUAAUGCUCUGACGCUCUUCACAGUAGGUAUUCCAAAUGUUGUUGAAAUUAAGCCAGCCUAUAACAAGUAUGCUAAUAGUGCUGUUUCGACCUUAUUAGGGAAGCCAACUUUGAAUUUAAUGACACCUCAAAAGAGUUCUACAGAAUUGGCUAAGCAGAGUAAUGCUAUUUCUACCCCUAACAUAUCUGGUGCAAACAAUUUCAACCUUGAUGAUGUAAUUCUCUCCGCGAGAUUUUAUGGUACUGCAGUGUUGAUUGCUAGAUUAUUCAGAGAUAUAUGGGACAAAAAUGUGUUCGAAGUCGACCCUAGAGUGAAAUUCAAUCCUGACAACACUGUUGUGAAAAGUUCAGUUAAGAAUGACAGCAUUAUAUCAAAGGUAUAUGUGUCUAGGGGCGAUAUUGAAUAUUAUUUAUCAUCAGUUAUGAUUUUGAAUGAAUUUUUCCAAUCCUACGGAAACUCUAUCACAACGAUCUCUAAUGUUUCACCAAUUAAUGGUGAAAAGACAGUAGACAAAGGUGAAGACGUAGCCCAUCAAGCAGAAAACAUUGCCAUGAAUUCGAUUAUUAAAUUGCUACAGUCGAUUAAAGAGUCUUUGUCUUUCCUAAAUGUUUUAUUUGAAGAAAGCGAAGUAGAUGGUUACGAGGGACAAUAUUUGGCUUUUGUUGACAUUAUGAAAUAUCUAAACCUAGAUAUUCAAUCUGACCUUGGAAGAUUAAAGUUCAAGGACAUCUUCAAUCCAAAUGAGCAAACGAAAACAUUGAUAAGAGAAAUUCUCUCUUCUAUCAUCAAUAGAAGCAUUACUAAAGGUGGAUCGAUCGAAUACAUUGCAACAGCUCUUCAAGAACGUUGUGGUUCUUUCUGUUCAACUGGUGAUGUCCUAGGCUUUAGAGCUGUGGAACAUCUCAGAAAGGCUAAGGAAAUAGGUUUAAGGGAUCAAGAAACACUAAACUACCAUUUAACAAACGCAGCAAAACUAUUUGAAAGAAUCGUGGAUGAUAUAUCCUUAGAUAAAAUCAAAGAGGCUGUGAAUAUAAUGCUUGAGCUGAACUAUUACCCAAAGACUGUUGAAUUUUUGUUGAAUAUUGCUAACGCUAUGGACAAGGGAAAACUUGCAUUCCAAUAUGUUGCCGAUGGAUGUCUAGAUCAUGACGAAAGGAAAAAGUACUAUGAUGCAAGGGUAUCUAUAUAUGAAAUUGUAUUCGAAACUUUAAUCAAAGUUGACCAAUUAGCAUCAUCCGUUGAAAACGUUACAAAUCAGGAUAUUCAAAAGACACGAGAUGAAGUUUAUGAUGUUGCCUUGAAAUAUAACGAUAAAUUGUUCCAUUACCAAAUGUACGACUGGUUUGUGCAACAGAACUCUGAAGACAAACUUUUGCAACUGGAUACUGACUUUAUUUUGCCUUACUUAGAAGAGAAGGCUGCAAAGUCUUUAAAAAUCUCAAACCUUCUAUGGGUGUACCAGUCUAAGAGGUCACAUUUCUUAGAAACGGCACAAAUUUUGUAUUCUCUCGCCAUAUCUGACUUUGAUAUUGACUUACAGACUAGAAUUGAAUAUCUAUCCAGAGCUAAUGGUUUCUGUAAUGGUGUUUGUCCACCAAGCCAAAGACAAGCUAUGAUCCAGCUCUCCGGUAUGAUCCAAGAAGUGGUGGAUGUUGCAAGUAUUCAGGAUGAUAUAAUCCAAACACUCAAGGAUGAUGUUAGAGUCAAUCCCUCAGUUAGACAGGAUGCUUUAAAACAAUUGGAAGGCAAAAUUCUAACUGUCACUGAGUUAUACAAUGAUUUUGCAGCACCAUUAAGUUAUCAUGAAAUUUGUUUAUUGAUCUUCAAAAUAAGUGACUUCAGAAACCAUGAAGAAAUCCUUUCAAAAUGGCAAGAAUUAUUUGAUUCUAUGAAGGAGAACAUAGCAGAGAGUGAAACAAUGGAUGAAUUGGAUAGAAGCACGACAUUUAUUAAUCUACUCUCAUCUACCGUUGUCCGCGUUGGUAAGAAUGUUCGUACCAGUGAAUUUGUCUUUCCAGUGGUAGACUUAUUCCCGCUAAUCUCCAAUCUAAUAAAUGAGAAUUUGUCUAAGGAAUAUAUCAAACCAGGAUCCAUAGCAUCUAUUUUCAUCAAGGCAGGUGUUUCUUACGAUCGAUUGUAUUACGUUCUCAAGGAUUUAAUUGAAACCACCACAGACCAUAAUGAGAUUUACGAUAACGAGAUUGUUUGGUUAAUCAAGGAAUGGUAUCAAUCUGAUAGAAAGCUACGAGACUUGAUUCCAUUGGAGGAGAUCCGUUCGUUAGAUAAGUAUUCUAUCGAAAAUGAUCCACUCGAAAAGUACAGAAAGAGAACAGGGGACAAUGUUCUGAUAUUAAAUUCGAAUGCCUAA